GAACAAACACAAAAAAAAUGAACAAUUAAAUCUUGGAAAGAACAUAGAUCAUGAACUAUUUUGUGCUUCUCAUUAUAACAUGUGCAUGGGGUGUUGGUUCGUCACCCGUAAUCCACGCUCCGCAGAAUGUACCCCUACCUUACGGAUGGCCUUUCGAUGGCAUUGCAAAUGCUACGUUAGCCACUAUUAUUGAAAACCUGGGCGACCCACUGAUCGAGGAUCCAAUAUCGAUUAAUCAAAAUUCGUCAACAAUCAACGGUACGGCCGAUAUUCUCAAUUUGACAGUUACCGGACUUCAUGGAGUGGCAGCUUCAUUCGUUUCCGUGUCGGUAACAACCCUGGCAAUCAAUCUCACCUUAAAUAUACCGAGUAUCACUAUUAGCGCCAACUACGAUGCGGACUUGACCUUGGCGCAAAUAUUGCCUUUUUUUGGGCAGGGACAAUUGAGCUUAACUCUGACAGAUUCCGAACUGAACGUAUAUGGGAAAGCAGAUCUGAGCGAUGGCUUACAAAUUUCAAAUGCAACUGUCGGAUAUAAACUGGGAAAUUUAGCGUUCAACGUAGAGGGCGCCUACGACGAUGAAGACUUGAGUAUUUUAGUUACUCAAGUUUUAAACGAUAAUGUCCUUCCAUUUCUGAACAAUAACGAGCCGUUAAUUAGUCAAAUAAUUUCCGAUAUUAUCACCCCCGACCGGAAUGAGAGUGCGAAUAAUAUUCAAGACCAGAUGAUGAGUUCAUUAGUGCAGAGGAUUGUACGCAAUGGAUUUUAUCCUGAUAUUUUUAAUAACUCACCCGGAUUGUUGCCGUAUCUCGGAAAAUUUUAAAUGCACUGUGUUUUUGACGUAAUAGAAUUUUUGUUUA